GGCAGCACUCACAUAAGAACAGAGCAAUGUACACACACAGACUCCACCCCCAGCCCAUCUGACUCCAGGAAGUGCCCUCCUCUGGGAGGAGGCUGAGGUCUGGGAAUAAAAGCAGAGCAGACACCAGAGGAGCCAAGCUUGGCAGCAGUCUGAGAGUCAAACCUCCUCUCCAGAGGAAGAGCCUCGCCCACAGUAGAGACCAUGGAGUUCACCUCAGCCCCUCUCCACAAUGCACAGGUCUCCUGGAGGGGACUCCUGCUCACAGUCUCUCUUUUAACCUGCUGGACCUCUCCCACCACUGCCCAAUACAUGACACUUGAAGCAUUUCCACUCAUUGUUGCUGUAGGGAAUGACGUUCUUCUAGUUGUCCACGGUCUGCCCUUGCAAUUCACUCGCUUUUACUGGUACGAGGAAAAAAACUCUGCGAAGCACGUGAUAGCCACAAUUACUCUUCAACCAACUUUAAUAGUAACUGAGCCUCAGUACCGUGACAAAAUGACAAUGUACCAAAAUGGAUCACUGCUCAUCAGGAAUGUCAGUAAGAAUGACACAAGAGGCUACAAAGCAACAAUGACGAAUCUAUACUCUGUUGAUACGAAUCUAUCCGUGGAUUUUCAAAUAUACUGUGAAAUCAGUAGUACCACACAGGGCAAUCAUCUCUCUGUGGUCAGCACAACACCACUACCCAAGACCAACAUCACAACCAACAAUUCCAAUCCCAUGGAGGGUGAGGACUCAGUAGCAUUAAUGUGUGAGCCUAGGACUCAGAAUACAACCUACCUGUGGAGGAUAAAUAAUCAAAGCCUCUCAGAAGAGGACAGGCUGAAGCUGUCUGAGGACAACAGGAUCUUACUUUACUCAGACAAACCUCACAUCUGCCACACAGAUGCUAACUCACCUGUACAGUACUCUUGGUUUGUCAAUGGAGAGCUCCAAUCAUCCUCCCAAGAGCUCUAUAUUCCCAACAACCAUACUAAUAAUAGUGGAUCUUAUACCUGCCUCAUCUAUAGCUGUCACUGUCCUCA